AUGUCGGUGUCGACCUCGACGUCAGUCUCAUCAUCCCAGUCCCAGUUCGCCUCGGGAUCAAAGUCAAGUCACGCAGCUGCUGCCGCACCAAAGCCUGGCGUAGCGACGGCGACGAAGAGGAAAGUGAGACACGUACCCUGGACAGAGCAUACUCUGCGACAGCUCAAGCUCGUGCUCCCCGGCGCCGCUAUCACAUACUAUCUUGGCACCUUGAACGACUUUUGGGGUAUUAUUGAGGGAAAUGGCGGCUUUUGGGCUCGACUUGCUGGAUUUGGAGCUUCGGGUCUAGGGUUCCUAACGGUUACUCUGUUCCUCUAUGUACUCCUAACCCCAUGGUUAACUGGUGAAGAGCCUGAUUAUCAAACCUGGAGAGAAUCAGGAAUUCUUUCUUCAGUUAUUCCCGUUUUAACUGGUUCAAUCGUUGUUGGUUGGCUACUUGCUGUAAGCACACUUGGCCAAUGGUCUCCAAUGGGAUACGUGAAAGGAACCAUAGGAGUGUCUGCCUUUUACGCUCUCACAUUCGGACUGCUCGGCCUGAUUCCCGUGCCAAAGGCUUCACGGAAACGACACGACUGA